GUAGCUACGGUUGGCGAGAACAGAAAAGGAGAGAAGAGGAACUAAUUUCGUAUUGUGCACUUUACUGCGCGAAAGUACCGACACAACGACCGGUUCGUUGUUCGUUCUAUCCAUUUCUUCUUUUUGAGAGCUACAGUCUUUGAAAGUUUUCCUAUUGAAUGCAAGUGUUCUUUUUAGAAAAGAGAAAUAUAAAUCUAGAUUAUAGUACUAUGACAACUGAUCCAGAGCGUGCUGGCGAUAAUAGCGAAAUGGAAUCUGUUGAAGAUGAAGAUGAUAACAAAACCCAAGACCGUUUCUCAAAAAUUUUAGAUAAUCCUGAAAUGUUAGCUGCUCUGGGAGAACGCACUGCGCCGGGAUUGGAGCAAAUGCAGAAUCUUCCAGCUCCUGUGAAACGCAGAAUUAAAGCUUUGAAACAGUUACAAUUAGUUACGACCAAUAUCGAAGCUAAAUUCUAUGAGGAAGUACACGCAUUGGAAUGCACUUACUACAAAAUGUGUGCCCCUCUUUACGAGAAGAGGAGCGAAAUAAUAUCGGGAGUCUACGAACCAACAGGCGAGCAGUGCGUGUGGGAAAGCGAUGAUGAGGAAGAAAACUUAAAUAACGAUCUGAAGACAAAAACUGGUCUUGAAGAAAACAAGGAGGCAAAGAAGGAGGAAGUUGAACCCGUUGAUGUAAAAGGCAUCCCAGAUUUCUGGUUGACAAUAUUUAAAAACGUCGAAACAUUAGCGGACAUGGUUCAAGAACACGACGAGCCAAUACUCAAACAUUUAUAUGAUAUUAAAGUAUUAUUCCUCGAAAGUAAUCCAAUGGGAUUUGUUCUCGAGUUCCAUUUCGAGCCAAACGAAUAUUUUACAAAUUCAGUUUUAACAAAAGAGUACCUAAUGAAAUGCACACCUGAAAAAGAUGACCCGUUUAGCUUUGAAGGCCCAGAAAUAUACAAAUGUAAGGGUUGCGUGAUUGAUUGGAAGAAAGGGAAGAAUGUAACAGUAAAGACCAUCAAGAAGAAUCAGAAACAUAAAUCGCGAGGCUCCAUGCGAACCGUAACAAAAACCGUUCAGAACGAUUCGUUCUUUAACUUUUUCAGUCCACCAGUUGUGCCAGAAGAUUCCGAAGCGGAGUUGGAUGAUGAAACUCAAGCUUUACUAACCAAUGAUUUUGAAAUUGGCCAUUACAUUAGAGAGCGUAUAGUCCCGAAGGCCGUUCUGUAUUACACAGGAGAAGGCUUAGAAGAUGAAGAUGAAAUUUUCGAAGAAGAGGAGGAGGAUGAAGAUGAUCCUGAAGAGGAAGAUGAGGACGACGAAGAAUCAUUGCCGAAGAGUUCACUACCAGGUGGGAAGCAACAUGGCGCUGAUCCUAAUGACUGUAAACAACAGUAAAAUUACAAAAGAAUGAAGCUAAGAAAAAGAAAAAUUGUUCAUGCGUACACUAAGCGAUGAGAGACAACACACAACUAACGAAACCUGACCGAUAACUGCCUAGAUAAUCCUGCAUCCAUGGCUCCAAAUGUAAUAUCGUUCGUAUAAAUCGUCUAAUCAUAUCAUAUCUCCUAUCUCAAAUCAUGGCUAGAUUCUGAUAUACCAGUGACAUAUACAUAACAAAAUUAUACGUACCCUCCCUCUAUCCGACGUUGACGAUGGAUUAAAAAAAUGCGGCUCUUUUUUAACAGCCUAAUAAUGUAUGAUUAUAAACGAACUGCGCUGUCAGCUCUACAUAAUUAUUGUCACUUUUAAUUGCUUCAUUUUAUACUAUUGUUACGUUUAUAUACAAACAUGAAAGUUAGUUGAGUCUUUUCAAAAGAAACGCAUGUUGAUCUAUGAACAAAUUUUUGGGUACUGUUAAAGCAUUUUUAAUACAAAAAUUGAAAAAAAGCAAA